AUGCUGGGGAAUCUUUCUAGUGCCACCAAAUUCUGCUUUCUGGGCUUCCGUGGGUCCCCAAAACUACACUAUAUCCUUUUUACUAUAUUCUUCUUCUUCUACUCAGUGAUAGUAAUGGGAAACUCGGUCAUCAUCACGAUUGUCUGUGUUAAUAAACGUCUGCACUCCCCCAUGUACUUCUUCCUUGGCCACCUUUCUGUCCUGGAGACCCUGACCACAACCACUGUUGUUCCCAUGAUGCUAUGGGGGCUGCUGCUCCCUGGGAUGCAGACAAUAUCGCUGACUACCUGUGUUACUCAGCUCAUCUUAUACCUCACUUUGGGAACCACAGAGUUUGCAUUACUGGGCGCCAUGGCUGUGGACCGUUAUGUUCCUUUGAGAUACAACGUAAUCAUGAACAGCCCCACCUGCACCUGGGUAGUGAUUGCAUCGUGGGUGUUUGCGUUCCUUUCUGAAAUCUGGCCUGUCUAUAUCAUGUUUCAGUUUACCUUCUGCAAAUCCAACGGGUUAGACCAUUUUUUCUGUGACAGAGGGUAGUUGCUCAAACUAUCCUGUGAUGACACUCUGUUCACAGAGUUCAUCCUCUUCUUAAUGGCUGUUUUCAUUAUCGUUGGCUCUUUGAUCCCUACAAUUGUCUCCUACACCUACAUCAUCUCCACCAUCCUCAAGAUCCUCACAGCCUCUGGUCGGAGGAAAGCCUUCUCCACCUGUGCCUCCCACUUCACCUUUGUCGUCAUUGGCUGCGACACCUGCUUCUUCCUCUACGUGAAACCCAAGCAAACCCAGGCAGCUGAGUACAACAAGGUCGUUUCCCUACUGAUUUCCGUGGUGACCCCUUUCCUGAGCCCUUUCAUCUUCACCCUCUGGAAUGACAAAGUCAAAGAGGCCCUUGGAGAUGGGGUAAAAUGCUGCUGUCAAUUUCUCAAAGACUAGGUGUUCUAGUCAGUUUCAGGUGAAAAGGUCCUCCUUAUGGAUUAUUCCAUAUCCUGGAAGUCCUAAGUUCCCUCUUGUCAUUAUCAUCACUGCAAAAAUCAAAUCAU